CCGGCGGCGCGCGCCGCGACGCCAGCCGUCACCAUGGCGACGCCCCGCCACCUGCCGCUGCUGCUCGCACUGCUGCUCGCCGCGGUAGCCCGAGCCGCACCCACCGACAUCGCAGGAGCGGGCGACGUCUUCGUGUUCCCGGAGCCGCAUGUGGUAGCUGCGGCGGCCCCACUGCCCACGGCGUCUGCGUCUGCGGCGGCGGCGUCAGAGGCAGCAGGGGGCGGCGUGGGGGCGAGCGCCGUGGCCGAGGGCGGGCUGGCCGGCGCCUCCAGCUUCAGCGGUCCCGGGUUCGCGGCCAGCCACGCCUCCAGCUACGGCGGCGGCGGGGGCGGCGCCUUCAGCUACAGCAGCGGCGCGCACGCCGCCUCCUACAGCUCCAGCUUCGGGCCGGCGGGGGCGGCGGUCCAUCACUCGGCCAGCUUCAGCUUCAGCCACAGCCAGCGCCACGGCCAGCAGCAGUUCCCGCAGCUGCCGCCAGAGUUCGUACGCCGUCGCGGCUCGUCUUCCAACCCAGCGUUGAAAUCUCCGGAGCUAUUGCGGCGACUGAUGCGACGUCUAUCGACUGCCAGGCGAAACGCCACGACAUUUCUACGAAGGGCAGCGGCCUCGUCUCAUUGACAACUGCUGUGCUAGGAAACAUGUCUCCAUGCUGAAGCUUUUUUUAAAAUCUAAUUCCUGCUACGUAGUAGUUACCAUCACAAGUUACCGAAGAAAACCUCAAGUUUACCAAAGCCGUAAAUGUAAACAAAGCACCCGCAGGUGCUGCAACUCACUGCCAUAAUUCCAACGUUGUGUUCAGCCUCUCACCAUUUAAGCAUAAAUAAACAGCAUUGCUCAAAUUUUAAUACAUGAUUUGCAACAUAACCCUACCGUCUAAUUUUUACACUUAUAUUUAUAUUUAUAUUUAUAGCGUGUUUUUAUAGCGAGACAAUUCCGUCAUUCGUAAUACAAGAUGUACUCCCAUCUGAUUCUCAGUUAGAGCAUGUGUUCUUAGCAAGUUUGUUGUUCAGAGUUAAUCGAACCUAAACUAAAACAGGCAUGUAUGUAGUAUAUACCAUUCGUGGCUCUUUAAAUUCUUCCCCUUCUCCAACAGCAUACAUAAACAGAUAUCGACAAUAUUUCUAGUCAUAGUACAAAUAGCAACGUUGCUCAGAAGUCAGUGGUAUCAGACGCAGUGCUAGACCAAUUCCUUAAUGAUCAGUCACUUAAUGAAAUUUUCCCCCGUGUGCCGAUUAUCAAACAAACAAACAAAAACAACUGUAAAACUGUCUCUCUGUUAUGUCUAUAACUCAGUAAAUAAAUAUAAUAAAUUAUCCAUUGUUUCA